GUUAUUUGCAAUUAUCGCAAGAGUUUCACUGCCUCCUUGGAAUUUGAGGAAGCACACUUACAUAUUAGUGGCAGCCGAGCAAAACACAGAGGACAGAGUACACCUUCCAUAAGAUAAAAAGCCUUGAACCAUGGAUUGUAGGAGAACCAAACAUGUAACAAGGCAUUUGUGUUUGAUUCUCUGUGUGUUAUCAUCAUGGUCAUUGGUUCAAGAAGCCUUAGGUGGUGGAAACAAUAAUAAGUGUUGGUUCCCUGCAAUAUACAACUUUGGGGACUCAAACUCAGACACUGGAGCCGUAUCUGCAGCAUUCACUAGUGUUCAACCUCCCAAUGGUGAAACCUUCUUUGGCACUCUCUCAGGAAGAGCCUCCGAUGGCCGUCUCAUCAUUGAUUUCAUAACUGAAGAAUUGAAGCUUCCAUACGUAAGUGCAUAUUUGAACUCGGUUGGGUCAAAUUAUAGGCAUGGGGCAAACUUUGCAACAGGAGGUUCUUCAAUUCUUCCGGGUGGUUAUAGUCCUUUCCAUCUUGGCCUUCAAGUUUCUCAGUUCAUACAGUUCAAGUCACAUACCAACAUUCUCUUCAAUCAGCUCUCUGACAACGGGACAGAUCCACCUUUGAAAAGUGGUCUUCCAAGGCCUGAGGAAUUCUCCAAGGCAAUAUACACCAUUGAUAUUGGACAAAAUGACCUUGCCUUUGGAAUCCAACAUGGUUCAAUGGAACAAGUUAGAAGGUCUAUUCCUGAUAUCUUGAGCCAAUACUCCCAAUCAGCUCAACAACUAUACAAUGAAGGGGCAAGAGUGUUCUGGAUUCAUAACACAGGUCCAAUUGGAUGCUUACCAUACAGUUACAUUUACUAUGAGCCUAAGAAGGGUAACAUUGAUGCAAAUGGAUGUGUGAAACCACACAAUGAGCUUGCUUUGGAAUUUAACAGGCAACUCAAGAACCAAGUAUUUCAGCUAAGGAAAAAGCUCCCUCUAGCUAAAUUCACAUAUGUUGAUGUGUUCAAAGCAAAAUACCAACUAAUCAGCACUGCAAAGAGCCAAGGUUUUGUUCCUCCAUUAGAGUUCUGUUGUGGUAGCUUCUAUGGUUACCAUAUAAAUUGUGGGAAGAAAGCUGUAGUAAAUGGCACAGUUUAUGGGAAUCCAUGCAAAAAUCCUUCUCAACAUGUUAGUUGGGAUGGCAUACAUUACUCUCAAGCAGCAAAUCAAUGGGUUGCUAAACGCAUUCUCUAUGGCUCCUUCUCUGAUCCACCAAUUCCAAUUGGGCAGGCUUGUUUCUGAGUUAUACCCGAUUUAAUCUGGUUAAUAUUAUUUGAGUCCUACGUAUUAUGUGGAUUUUCAAGUUGGUAGGCUAAUAAAGAAGUUUCUAAGGUUUACGAGGAGUAAAACUAUUGAGGAGUUGUGCAAAUGAGUAAAAGCAUAUAUCAUAAUUUACGUAAGAAAUAAGAAAAAG